UGCGAACGAGAGCAGCGCUGGGGCGCUGGGGCCUAGAGGGCUCAGCGAAAACUGAGGCUGGCGGCCGGCGGGGAGGCGGCCGGGGUGAAGUGGGCCGACAGGAUCCCGGUUUCCUGAGCAGUCCAACGAGGCCGGCUAGGGGGCAGACAGACAGACGGCAGAGAGGGCCAGCAUGCCCCCACUGCUGCACCCCGCCCUGCCGCUGCUUCUGGGCGCCACGCUGACCUUCCGGGCGCUCCGGCGCGCGCUCGGCCGGCUGCCCCUGCCCGCGCACGUGCGCGCCGACCCUCUGCGCACCUGGCGUUGGCACAACCUGCUCGUCUCCUUCGCCCAUUCCAUUGUGUCCGGGAUCUGGGCGCUGCUGUGUGUAUGGCAGACCCCCGAGAUGCUGGUGGAGAUUGAGACGGCAUGGUCGCUUUCUGGUUAUCUGCUCGUUUGCUUUUCCGCAGGGUAUUUCAUCCACGACUCGGUAGACAUCGUGGUUAGUCGUCAGACACGAGCUUCUUGGGAAUAUCUUGUUCAUCACCUCAUGGCCAUGAGUGCCUUCUUUUCAGGCAUCUUUUGGAACAGUUUUGUUGGUGGGGGAGUCCUAACACUACUGGUGGAGGUCAGCAACAUAUUCCUCACUAUCCGCAUGAUGAUGAAGAUAAACAAUGCCCAGCACCUCCUUCUGUACAGGGUUAAUAAGUAUGUCAACUUGGUCAUGUACUUUCUCUUCCGCCUGGCCCCUCAGGCCUACCUCACCCAUUACUUCCUGCAUUAUUGGGGCCAGAGGACACUCGGCACCUUUCUGCUGAGUAUACUGCUCAUGCUGGACGUUAUGAUCCUCACCUACUUUUCCCGCCUCCUCCGCUCAGACUUCUGCCCUGAGCGUGUCCCCAGUCAGCAACACAAAGGCAAGUUUUUGACUGAGUGAAAGGCACAAAGCCUGCAACUUGCGGCAAGAGCAGAGGCGCCAAAAACAGCCUGCAUGUUUAAGAGAAUUAGCUCCACGCCUGGGGCAUCCUCUGAGGCCGACUGCUGCACCUACUAUUGAAAAUGUUGAUGAAAGCA